AUGCCACCAAAACAACGAAAAAUCGCCAUUAUGGGCUAUCGUUCAGUCGGUAUGUAAACAAUAGUAAAAAUAAACAAAUUAAAUAUUUUGAUUGCAAUAAAUAAAGGCGAAUUUGUUCAAUAUUUUAAUUAACAUUAUUGUUCUAGGUAAAUCGUCAUUAAGCAUACAAUUUGUUGAAGGUCAAUUUGUUGAUUCUUAUGAUCCCACAAUUGAGAACAGUAAGUGCACACACUAAGGCCCAUUCUCACCAACAUAAACACUUGUUUAUCUGAUUUUUAAACAGAAUUUAUGGCUGAAAACUAACCAGAAUUGGUCGGUUAUCGUAAAAUUCCAUUUAAAAAUCAACAUUUAUGUUAGUGAAAACGGCCCUUACCAUACAUAAAUCUACCUAUUUAAAUUUCACUAUUUAUUACUUUAUAGAAGUAAAUUAAUUUGCAUGCAUAAAGUUCUAGAUUAUAAUAUCUAAAGAUGGUUAGGUAUUUUAAUUAAUCUUCUUUUGGAUCUGGCCGUUAUGACCACACUGCUAAAUACAAAGCUUGCCAUAUAUUUCUAGUGUCUGCAGCUUCCCUUUAACAAACUCCUUGUCUGUUCAUUUAAUAUCUUUUUUUUUACACAAUCUCCUUAUCUCAGCCUUGAUCUGGGCCUAAAUUCUCCCGGAUAGUCACUUAGUAUAUUCUCUACUUAGCACUUAACUUUGUCUAUUAUAUAAUAUGCAAUUCUUUAUACAUUGUAUCUUGCAAAGCAAUGCACCUAUAAUAUUCCUGCGGGUCAUUUUUUUGUGAAUAAGACAAAUUAAUGUAUCUCAAUCCUCCAGUAGUGUUUUUUCGUGUCAUAUAAUUAGAUUAUGUAUUUUAUUUACUAUUUUUUCCUCCAAGUUCUUGUUUUUUAGUUUUUUAACCUAUUGAACUAUUGUACUAUUUUCUCUUUGCUUAUUGGCCGACAGUUCAUGUCAUUUAGUUCUGUUUGUACCUAUUUAAAUGCAUUAACUAGAUUUGCACAAUUAAGCAGUAAAUACUGUCCAAUUUCAAUAUAUUUUCUGUCAUUAAAGGACCAUUGACAUUUUUAAGGAAAUUUUCAUAUUUUUUGUUUCCACCCCUAAUCGAGUUGAUGUAUCGGUAUAAUUACCAGAUUCUAUUUACUUUGUUGUCAAUCCCGGCCUUCUCUAAAAUAUUGUUUUAUAUUUCGGCUAUUCAUGUCUAAAUAUAUUAUUGGUCUCCUUUCCUUCUGUACAUCAUUUCUUUUCUAUUAUAAGAUCCAUUGUGCUUUUGAGCCCUAGCCUCUUUUUUUUUUUUUUCUUAAAUUCAACUGCAUAAGAGUUAUUAAAUCAUGGCUUUCUUGCUUUCUUUUGUUUCCUUAUUACUGUUGUUAUAGUUCUUUUAAUCAAUUUCCAUUUAAUAUCAAUAAUCUCAUCUUGAUUUAUGCCAAGACUGCUCAUUACUUCAUGCAUUUUUUUUUUCAAACUUCUUCAUAUAUCUGUGUGUUUUAAUUUGUUUAUAUCAUCUAUCCAGCAAUAUCCUUUUUCUGUGUUUCAAUUUUUUUGGCUUCACCUUCAGUUUUAUUUUAACUAGUUAAUGUUCUGAAUCACAGUCAGCUCCUUUGACCAUUAAAAAUCAUAUUAACAAUUUUUAAUGCUAGAAUACAUCAGGAUGUGGUUUAUUUAAUCAGGUGUGGAUUGGGUCACCGGGAAUUUGGGAGUUUUCACAGUGGGCCGCUUCUUCAAAUAAGUAUUUUACGUCAAAAAAUUAUGCUGAAAUACUUAAUCAUUUUUUUUUUUUACUAGUGGUUGUCUGAGUCAAAAUAGCUAUUGAUUUUUUUGCAUUUCUGAACAAUUAUUAUAGUGGCUGGCUAUUUAGUUGUUUUAUUUACCUAUGGUACAUUCAUUGAACUCUAUAUGAUAAGGUUAACCUAACCUGAUAAAUAUAUACAGAGUAAUUUUUUUUAUCAUGAACCAGAAAUUAUCUGAGGAUUUUAAAUGAAUUUGAUUUCUAUUUUUUCUAUUCAUUAUGGAAUCAUUUAAGCUUUAUUUUAAAAUCAUUUGAAAUUUUUCACCCCUACUCCAUGUACCUUAAAUAAGUAUAUACUUUUGCUUAUCAAAUAAGAACCCCCCCCCCUUUUGAACACAGAUUUAGAUUUGAAUAGAGAAUAUUUUUCUAGAAAAUUUGAUAUGCAUAACAUUAAUAUCAAAUUUACCAUUAAUGAAUUCUAACAGUUUAAAGUUUAGACUGGAGCAACAAGAAAGGGUAAUUAUUUGCCUAUCUUUUAAAUUUAAAAUGUCUUUAAAACAUAGGUACAUAUAUUAUAUAAACAAUAUAUUUACUCCUUUAAGUCUGAGCUUGUGAUAGAGUAGAGUAUUCAAUAAUACAAAAAGAAUAAAGUUUUUUUUUAAAUCAAAUAAAAAUAUUAUAUACAAAUAUGAUGGGCGAAUAACAGAAUUUACAGUGCAUAAUAUCUUUCCAAAUGUGUAAAAGAAAUGUGUAGUCAUGUUAAAAUAAUGAUAAUACAUGUUGCACUAAAAUUCAGUAUUUGGAAAAUUAAUAAGUGGACCAGUACUUUUGUAUUUUUCCUAGCUAAAAUCUCUCUCUAAUCGCCCCUGUAUUUGAUUAGCAUAUUUUCAAUUUAGUGUUUCACGCUCCUUUGUAAAUACCUAUAUAUGAAUACAUUGUUAAUUCUAAUGAAUCCUGUAUUGAACUUUAUUUAAUAUAAAUAUUUUUUCUAUAGCUUUUGUGAAAACAACCAAAGUAAACAAUCAAGAAUACGAAUUAAAAUUGGUUGAUACAGCUGGACAAGACGAAUACUCUAUAUUACCUACACAAUAUUCUGUGGACGUUCACGGAUAUGUUUUGGUAUACAGUAUCACAUCACCAAAAUCUUUUGAAAUCAUAAAAAUUAUCUAUGAUAAAGUAUUAGAUAUGUCUGGAAAAAUAAAGUGAGAAACUUAAUAUUUUAUCCAUUAGUUAAUAAUUGUCUUAAUUGUUUUUGGCCAUAAUUUAGAGUUCCUAUAGUUUUGGUUGGAAAUAAAAAGGAUUUGCCCAUGGAUCGUGUUAUCUCAGAGGGAGAAGGCCUGAAAUUAGCCGCUUUAUGGAAAGCCCAGUUCUUUGAAGCUUCAGCUAAGCAGAAUGAGGUAACUUCAAAAAAAGUUAGUUGACAUCCCUUAUUAUUUUAUUUUAACUGUCACUCACGCCCCAUUAUUUUAUUAUAUAUUAUUUUCUUAAGAAAUUUUAUAAUUAUGAAUUACAUUUAAAUGAUAAUAAAUUAAAAAUAAUUGUAUUAUGAGACUAACCAUCGUUUAAAUAUUUGUUUUAUAUUUUACAGUGUGUCUCAGACAUUUUUCAUACUAUGGUAAUGGAAAUUGAAAAAGCCAAUGGUAAUUUACAAGAAAAAGAAAAUAAUAGUUGUAGUAUAUCAUAA